AUGGACGCUUUUCUCAUUCGGAAAGCACCUCGAUCUAAUAAUAAUGGUUCUGAUGAUAAUGGAUCUACCCGUGCGACGAAUGAGCCGCCUCUUAAGAAAGUGAAGAGCGAUGAGAGUCACGUGGCCAAUGAAGAAUCAGGUGAAGACUCUAGACCUGGUAGUCCGUCGUUGAAGUCAUUGCCGCAGAUACGGAGAGUAGAUACAUCUCUUGCUUCGGACCUUGGUGAUGAUGAGACGCCCCAAAACUCGGAAGCAGAGACAGAGACCCACGUACCGAGGCGGACCGCUAUUGAGGACUCACUGCCCGAAGUUAAGUCUGGAAAAGAAGCUUUGGAAGAAUAUGAAAGCUUCAGGGCGUCGCAAGAGGUUAAGAGCCCAGAAACUGCUGCGUCAAGGCUGGAUUCGAGGAGAUGGGUGAGAGGCAAGACCUCGCUCUAUGUCGACGCCUUUAACCUUGCUCUCAGCACGGUUCUUGGUGAGGAAUCUCACUUAUUUGAUGAGAAAGAAAUGCACAUUUUCGAUCAAUGGGGUGAGCUAAGCUAUGAGGCUCAGUUCCUCUAUGUGCGAUUGUUCCUCAGGAAAACCGCAUCCUGGCAUCGCGUUGCUCGUCUACAUUAUCAUGAUGAUAUUUCAGAUACUGAGACAGCCGUCAACGAAUUACAGGUGAUCCGGGAUCUACCAGCCAAUUCUUCCAGACCUGGUCCUUCAUUUGAAUAUACGGAGUCGGAACAUGAUCAAGGUUUGUUUGGUGACAAGUUCAGUUUUGCAGAUACAUCAGAGCAGUAUAUUACCAGUGUUGAAGAAGCUGUGGAACUCCUUAGCCUGGAAGAGAUUAAAGCCCUGGCCAAAGAUGCGAAGGUACAAGGCAAGAACAAGGCUGAGUUGGCGAGAUCUAUUUGCAGAAUGAGCAACCAGCAAGUAGGUCUCUUCUCCUUAGGUCUUCGUCGGUCUAGCACUAUCAAUUCUCUCGAGUCACCAGGUCGAGAUACUCCGGAGGCGGACUCGCCAGCUACAGAUAUUCGUGAAGAUUCCAAUAGGAGGAAACAUUUUCUUGAUAAAAUAUUGCUUAUAGCUGGGCCUUGUAUAAGGCUUUCCUUGCCCGUUUUCAGGUUAUUUGAGAGGGUUCACCUAGUCUUUUAUAGGUCUACCGAAUGGACAGAGAAGUCUCUGACCACAAUUAUUCUUGCGAAAAUAUCGAAACGCAACUUCCCCAAAUACGUUGUUAGCAGGUCUGCAAAUAUUUUUAGCUCGAGGGGUCAAUUAUUAGAAUUCGAGGCAGCUAUGAGACACGAAUAUGCCGUUGAUAGUAUCUUAGAGUUUAAAGGACCAGUCACAGAAGUCGGCUUCCGAAAGGUGAUAGAAGUUUUUGAGAAAAUAUACCCGAGGUGGAAGGCUCUUCUUCAGGAGGAGCAGGAGAAAGAAGAGAGAGUCUAUGAAUCUGGAGAAGGUGCAUAUUUGAGACGGCUCAACCCCGCCCAUUCAUACACCCGAAUCGUUCAUAAAGCAGCUCACGUUUUUGGCCGGUUAAAAGAACAUCAACGGGAACAUGCACUUCUGACCGAAUUACUUGACCAACGUCUCUUCCACUUAGCUCGCCGAGGCUCUUGGUACCAACGAAAGGCUCUACUAGAAGAACACUACAUGCAUGCGCUGGAGACCGAUCCUGCCUAUAAGGAUACGGAGCUGCAGAAAAAGCAUUGGAAACGCAUUGCAGCAACCACCUGCGAAACCGCACUGGAGGAUCGAGAUUGCCAUCUCAUUUAUCAUUAUGACAUACAGAAAAGGUUGGUUAAACUCGAGAAGCAGCUUAAGAUUCCAAAGCGUCUACAGCAUGAUUUCGGCCAUGUCCGGCUUCAAAAACCUGAAGAGCAUUUUGCCGAAGGAAUUCAGAUAAAAAAGGACGACGAAGUAGGAAAGAAAGGGCGAGGACCGAGCACCAAAACUAUAUGGGUGGAUGAGGCUGAAGGCGGAGGUGAGUGCAGCGUUGAAGCCAUGUGCUUAAGCUGGUACAGGGAUAAGGGCUGGAAAGGCUACCAUGCCGAAGGAGGCAUAGUAAGAACGCUUUUUGCCUACCUCUUUUUCGAUAUUCUCUUCCUCUACAUACCAAACGUUUUCCAGACCCAGUACCAGACCUGCCCGCUAGAUCUGCACACCGACGCUUUCUACCCCACUAGAGCUUCCGAGAUCAAUCACCGCCUAGUUGAGAUCGCAAAUGGUGAUGCGGUGAAACUAAUCGAGGAGGUUGACCGGCGAGAACGCGAUAAUCGCACUUGUGUUGUCGGCCUUAACUGGGAUUACGAGUUGGAUGACCUCCUCGAGCUAGCUGGCUGCUUCGAUGGUGCAGCAUUAGCCGCCAUAUGCAAGGUCAUGGCACAGGAAUAUGGCCAGAGAGGCGGCGGCAUUCCAGACCUCAUCCUCUGGAGGACAGAACCGAACAAAGAAGUGAUGUUCGCCGAGGUUAAGAGUGCCAAUGAUCGCCUCAGUGAUACGCAAAGGUUGUGGAUUCAUGUCCUAACCGGCGCUGGCGUAAGGGUUGCUCUAUGCAACGCCGUGGCAAAAGAAAUUAGGGAAGUUGACAGCGACCAACAAAAACCAGUGAGAUAG